AUGGCCCACCCAUCACAACUAGGUUUACAAGACGCCGCUUCCCCCGUGAUAGAAGAACUGAUUCAUUUCCACGACCACGCCCUAAUAAUUGUAUUUUUAAUCAGCACCUUGGUCCUUUACAUUAUCGUGGCGAUAGUGUCAACAAAAUUUACAAAUAAAUUUAUCCUGGACUCCCAAGAAAUUGAAAUUGUGUGAACAAUUUUACCAGCUGUAAUUUUGAUUAUGAUCGCCCUACCGUCCCUUCGAAUUCUAUAUCUUAUAGACGAAAUCAACGACCCCCAUCUAACAGUAAAAGCAGUCGGCCAUCAAUGAUAUUGAAGUUACGAAUACUCAGAUUAUGAGACACUCAACUUCGAUUCGUAUAUGACCCCAACACAAGAUCUUACCCCCGGACAAUUUCGACUUUUAGAAACAGACUACCGCAUAGUAGUACCCAUAGAGUCCCCAAUUCGAGUCCUAAUUACAGCAGAUGACGUAAUUCACUCCUGAGCUGUCCCCGCCCUUGGGAUUAAAAUAGAUGCUGUCCCAGGUCGAUUAAACCAAGCAUCAUUUAUUACUGCCCGCCCAGGAAUAUUUUAUGGGCAAUGCUCAGAAAUUUGCGGCGCAAAUCACAGCUUCAUACCAAUUGUUGUAGAAGCCGUUCCACUCCAACACUUCGAAAAUUGAUCUUCAUUAAUACUAGAAAAAGCCU